UACCUACAAGAGUUGUUGCGAAUAGUGGUUCCGUUCUAUUGACGUCUCGUGUUCCUCCCUACAUUUUGUGUUUUAUAUUUGAGCAUUCAACUAACCAACUGCAACCAUGGCGGCUACCGAUCAAAUUCGACAGAUGGUGAACUUUAUUCUCCAAGAGGCCCACGAAAAGGCCAACGAAAUUCGCGUCAAGACGGAACACGAUUUCAAUUUGGAGAAGCAAACUUUGGUGCACGAAGCCAAGUUGAACAUUCAGGACGAAUUCACCAAGAAGGAAAAGGAUCGCGAAGUGCAGCAGCGUAUCGCGCGAUCGGCCGAGAUUGGCGAAUGCCGCGUCAAAAAAAUGAAGAUUCGCGACGAUCUGUUGCAAAAGCUCGUGGCCGAUGCCGGCGCCAAGUGUGCCGUCGUAGCGCGCGGUCAGAACUACCCCCAGUUGCUCCAAAAACUCAUUGUCCAGGGACUCAUCAAGAUUGAAGAAAUGGAAGUCACCGUUUUCUGCCGCAACGAGGAUAUCGGCACGAUCGAAAAGAUCCUCGACGUAGCCGUCCAAGAAUACGUGGAGAUCAUGAAGCGGGAAUCCGGCGUCACGUUGGAGCCCAAGGUUGUCAUGAACGAGAAUCGUAACAGGGAUUUGACCACUAAUUCGUACGGAGGUAUCGUGCUGACCGCCCUUAACGGUAAGAUUGUUUGUGACAAUACCAUGGCGAGUCGACUGAAUUUGGUGUACGAAGAGCUUCUGCCCAGUAUCCGUGCAAUUCUCUUCCCGGACGUGUGAGCGGUCGCUUAGUAGGCAGCGAUUGGAUGGAGCCUCGGCCAUCGGUUUGAGAGCACGGCAUCAUGCCAGUUGUAACGAGAGUAAACAUCCGUAUUAAUCGAGUGAACUGUUUGCGAA